CAUGACUAGUACCUGUACUGAUGACGACGAUGAUUUAAAAAUAUGAAAAGACAAAAAAAGAAAGCGGAUACGCCCACCACAAUUGCUCCGAUUUGAUUAAAAGAGAGGAGCCGUACUGCCUGGCAUGUUUCCGAAUAUGAGUACCACUGCUACCAUAAGGUACGUAACAUGUAUAUCUGUGGUUGUCAUAUCUGCUGGAUUCGCUGCUCCAGCAGUGGACCAAUAUACACAAGGCGUGGAUUGGCUUAGUCGGUAUGGAUACUUGCCCCCUCCAGAUCCCCACACAGGGAUGCUUCAGACAAUGGACGAGAUUAAAAAAGCACUUAAGGAGAUGCAGAGCUUUGCUGGGCUGAAAGUGACUGGAAUACUGGAUGCAGAUACUGUCCGCCUUAUGUCUACACCACGUUGCUCUCUCCCUGACAUAAUGAGACCCGAAGAUAAGCUGAGGAAGAGGAGACGAAAAAGAUAUGUGUUAUCAGGGUCACGUUGGCAUAAAACUGACAUCACUUGGAGUCUCAACAGUUAUCCGUCUCCUUCAUCAAAACUUGACCCUCAAUUAGUAAAGCAACUCUUGAGUCAGGCAUUCAGAGUAUGGAGUGAUGUCAUCCCACUGAACUUCCACUCUAAGAGAGAUCUGAAAGAGGAAGGGGACAUCAGGGUGUAUUUUGCCAGUGGUUUUCAUCAGGAUGGGUACCCCUUCGAUGGCAAAGGAGGAACCUUAGCCCAUGCAUUCUUUCCCUCAAAUCAUGAAAUGGCAGGAGACACGCACUUUGAUGAUGAUGAAAUAUGGAGCUUUGGAGGUGACAGUGACAGCACUGACCUCUUUACAGUGGCUGUCCAUGAGUUUGGUCAUGCUUUGGGACUCUCGCAUUCAUCCACUGAAUUGUCCAUUAUGAUGCCGUAUUACCAAGGAGCAAUAACAGACAUAAAUAGUUACAAACUUCCAAAGGAUGACAUGCUGGGCAUCCAGGCACUAUACGGGAAAAGGAAUGACAGAGUCGCACCUGAUCCCAGGAUUCCUCCUAUUCCUGAUCGGCCACAUCAGCCCAAUCCUCCCCCAUCAAAACCAACACAACGCCCAGACCCCUCCCUUCCUGAUCGUUGUAAGGGGGGGUUUGAUGCUGUGGUCAAUAUCAGAGGCGAGGUAUUCUUCUUCAAAGGCCCAUAUUUUUGGCGGGUACGGCCGACAGGUUCGCUAAUGUCCUUCACUCCAGCUUUGAUAAAAAACUUCUGGAUUGGUCUUCCACCUGAAACCAACAAAAUUGAUGCCGUAUAUGAGAGAACCAGUGACGGCAACAUUGUCUUUUUUAUAGGGAAUCAGUACUGGGUCUUCAAAGAAACCAUAUCUCUUCCUGGUUACCCACACCCACUGUCUGAAUGGCGUAUGCAAACAUCUGAUGGGAGAAAUGUGCAGAGAGUGGAGGCAGCAUUCGUGUGGGCACGCAAUGGGAAGACAUACUUGUUCAGUAAUGGGGAAUUUUGGGGCUUUGAUGAUGAAAGGCAGAUUGGAAGAAAUAUGGAUGGGCAAUACCCCCGUGAGACAACCCUCUGGAAAGGAGUGCCCUCUGGCCCUGAUGGUGUCAUAAGCUGGGGAGAUGGAGAUCUGUAUUUCUUCAAAGGAAAUUCCUAUUGGAUCCUAAAGAAUGGGGAAAUGAACCAUGAAGCCAUAAUUAGCAAAUCUGUAGCAGUUGAUUGGAUGAAAUGUCCCAAACCACAAAUGCGUGAUGAAAGCAACUGUCCUCUGGGUACAGCUUUCAUGUCCCAAAUCUCUUUUUGGGUUAUCUGGAUAUCUAUAGUGAAUAUUUGUGUUUUUAUAGAAUAAAUGAAGAGAAGAAAAACUGCGAUGUUGUGCCCAGUAAUUUCAAUAUAGCAUGACAAAAGAAACAUAAAUAUUGUUUAUACUUUCUGCCGUUUCUGCUGUGCAAAAAUAUCAAGCAAAUAGAAGACUGGUAAUCACAAUGUAUAUAAAUAAUGUUUGUAUAAAUAAGCAUAUUUUUCAUAAUCAAGAAUGUGUCAGCAGGAAGAAUAAUUGUGGUUCUGAGUAACAGUACUGAAAGGAGAAAAAAUUAUGACAUUUUUUGUGGUCAAGCAACAGUUUUCCAAGAUUUAAAGAUGCAUUUGAGUUUUUGUUAAAUAUCACUUGGAAUUAUUGUAGAACUGAAAUUUUUUUUUUUUUAAAUUAUAAUAAUAGCUAAAAACAAAUUCAUGUAAAAGAGCUGUUGUGUUUUUGACUGCUGAUGGGGAAAAAAGAAAGACAAGUACAUAAUAUAACUGCAAGCAGCAAAAAUGGGACCAAGCAGACUACCAGGGCAUGGUUGCAAUGGGAACAACUUCAUGUUAUUUUGUCAAAGGUAUGGUUACUUGCACUCACAGCAAAUUUCAUGUCAAUUGACCAAAGAUAGGCCAAGAUAUCAGUCCACUUCAUGCUUGGUAUCUUCACUGCUGAAUUUGAUAGGCUGUAACGGACAAAUGAUUUUGAAAUAAAAAAAUCUGUCAGAAAACUUU